ACCACCUCCCAAGAAACCUCGAACUCAGCCCUAAACAUCACAGCCAUAACCGCAUCCAACAACGUCUCAACCCUCGAAUGCUGGGGUCUCGAAAACUUCGCCGUGAGCACAACUCCAGGUACCGUCGGCGCACUAUCCGUGUAUCUCGGAGAAGCCAGCAAUGUCUCGUACACCGUGAUUCCGCCGCGGACAAAUGCUGGGUUGCAUAGAGCUCCUGCUGCGCAAUUUGUGACGUUCUUGUCCGGGCUGGUGCAUAUCACGCUUCCAAAUUGUACGGAUGAUGCGUGGGUUAUUGGGGGGAAGUAUGGGUUGAUCUUUGCUGAGGACACCGCUGAUGUCAGUGUAUAUGGGCAUGGAACUGAGUAUCCUGCUAAUGAAGACACGGUUGCGUUGCAAGUUCCUCUCACUCCAGGCACGGAGCUCAACCAUACUGUCUUGCAUAAAGGAGGAUGU